GCACAUUUUCGAACUGUUACUCGAGACGAUAUCGGACCCGAUUUCUUAAGACUCUUACAUUAUAGUUUUGUCUUCUGUUUUGCCUCUGUGUUGUGUCAGUGGGAAAACGGUUUUCUUUCUGUAUCAAACAGUAAUAGCCGAAAUGGAGGAGAAUCGAACAUCGGAAAGUGUCGUUGUGUUACCAGACGUGUCCGAACCUUCGACGAGCGAAACCCAAGAAGCUUCGACCCUAAUUGGCGAUCAUAAAGCCCAUCCAGCCGCUGUAAUGACGAACGGCUCAUCGGUUUCAGGAGUUACCGGUGUUCCCGGUACUGAAGUACCGUUUUUUCUGUCGACAAGCCCUGUACGAUCAUCUACGCCAAGGCGAAAAAUAAAUCUGGAGGUUUCUGAUGGAGAGGCUCCAUCUUAUAAGUAUGAGAGUGACAAUUCCAUAGAUGAAAGCAACAAUCAUGAAAGUGACAAUAAAGUUGUUGUUCCUGAUAAGGAUGUGUGGCCACAACUUGUUUCAAUGGAUGGAUUGGUUGUACAGCAAUCGCAACAACAAGAUACUGUUACGCAGAAUGUACAUCAAAUUGAAAAUAGACAGAAUGAUAUUUUUAAAAAACUAGAUGAAAUAUGUAAUAAAAUGUUAGAGUUGGCAUUAGAGUUUAAAACAACCCUGGAAGAAGCAAAAGAGUUGAAUAGGCAGCAACGCAGAGAGCAAGCAUUAGCUACACAACCUGGUGCUAGGGGUGGUCUUAGAGAGACAAUCGUCUGCAGCCAACCUGAGAUACUGACAACAAAAAGGAAGGACACCAAGAAGAAUGCAUCUGAGGAGCAGCGAGAUAGUGAUAUUGAUUGUUGAGAAUAGCAGCAGGGACGCGAGUGUCUUGACAAUAAUAGCUGGUGAUCAUUAUCUAGUGUUUCUUACUCUAAUUCAUCAAAAGAAUCCUGAGAGUGAACAAAUGGACAUCGCAAAUUUUACGAACGUAGGUAGAGAUAAAGACCUGAAAAAAAUAAAGUUAAAAAGAGUCGUGAGUAUAUUGUAAAUAUAGUAGCUAAUGUAUUUAUAAAAAAAGAAAACAUAAAAAAUGUUAUACAAUAAACUUGUAUUCAUAUUGUUUGACUGUA